GCGUUCGAAAGAAUUUUGGGUCAACCGCGAGUUUUUAAAAUCGACAUAUGAGUAAAUGUGACAUUUUAUUUUCUUCACUAAUUGUGGUUAAAAAAGAUAAAAUGUUUCAGGUAAUUCACCGAGAGGAACAAGCUCACGACGGACCAAUUUGGAGUCUUGGAAUCAGCAAAGGAUCAAAGGAAAACAAUAACAAUGAGAAUCAAUUUAUUGUAACCGGUAGUGUCGAUGAUACUGUUAAAGCCUGGCAAUGGGUUGAUGAUACGUUCGCAUUGAAAUAUAUCUUUGAAGGACACGCUUUGGGUGUCAUGUCGAUCGAUAUUAACAAUGAAGGUAAUAUCGCCGCUUCCGCUUCACUUGAUAGUCAUAUUAGACUUUGGGAUCUCAUUUCUGGUAAUCAAGUUCAAUGUAUUGACGCUGGACCAGUUGACUCAUGGACAAUUUGUUUCUCACCUGAUUCUAAACUUGUUGCCACUGGUUGUAACUCUAAGGUCAAUAUGUUUUCCAGUGAAACGGGUAAAUUGGUCACCACCAUUGAUACUAGCGGUAAAUUUACCCUCGCCCUUGCAUUUAGUCCCGAUGGUAAGACAAUCGCCACCGGUGCCAUUGAUGGGAUGAUACAAAUCUUUGAUAUUGAAUCUAAAAUGGUCAUCAACACAUUAGAACCUCAUGCGAUGCCUGUUAGAUCAAUCGCCUUUUCGCCCGAUGGUAAAUAUUUGGCCUCCGCUUCCGAUGAUUAUAACAUCAAAAUUUUCGAGGUUGACAAAGCAGAUCCAAUAUCAACCCUUUCAGGUCACGGAUCGUGGGUGUUAAAUGUCACCUUUUCUCCGGAUGGAAAACAUUUCGCUUCAAGUUCUUCAGACAAAACGGUCAAAAUCUGGGAAUUGGGUAAUAAGGAAGCUCUUCACACUUUCUCUGAACAUAAAGAUCAAGUUUCGUGCUGCCGUUACAACGCCGAUGGAACCAGAUUAGUCUCCGUUUCUUUUGACCACAAUAUUAGCGUUUUCUCCGUUUAAUUGUUUAAUUGAUUCCAUUUCUUACUUUUUAAAAAAACAACAUUCAUUUCCUGAUGUAAUCUCAAUGGAAGGAACUCAUUUUUUUCAAUUCAAUUAAAUUUUUAAUCAAAUUUAAUUUCAUAAAGAAAAACCUUAAA